AGCCUUUGCGGAGCUUUCUCUCCAUUUCCCAGCUCCCUCCCUCUUCCUUUUCCUUCUUCCAAUCCGUUCCCCGCUUUGCCUGUUUCUCCACCCUCCCCAACCUUCCUCCGGCUCCCCCUCCCUCGCCAAUUUCUCACUGGUCGCUGCGGAGAGUCCAGUGUAUGUGCGGCAACAAUAUGUCGGCCCCACUCCCUGCUAUCGUCCCGGCCGCUAAGAAGGCCACCGCCGCGGUCAUAUUUCUUCAUGGAUUAGGAGAUACAGGGCAUGGGUGGGCUGAAGCAUUUGCUGGCAUCAGAAGCCCACAUGUAAAGUAUAUUUGUCCACAUGCGCCGGUUAUGCCAGUUUCACUAAACAUGAACAUGGCUAUGCCGUCUUGGUUCGAUAUCAUUGGACUCUCUCCAGAUGCACAAGAAGAUGAAGCUGGUAUCAAGCAAGCAGCAGAGAAUGUGAAAUUGCUUGUAGAGCAAGAAGUAAGAAAUGGAAUUCCCUCACACCGAAUAAUCCUGGGAGGAUUUUCUCAGGGAGGAGCUCUAGCACUGUAUACAGCUCUCACAACACAACAGAAACUAGCAGGUGUUUUAGCGCUCAGUUGUUGGCUUCCAUUGAGGACUACAUUUCCACAGGGUUCCGUUAAUUGUGUCAACAAAGAUAUUCCCAUUCUCCAGUGCCAUGGUGACUGUGAUCCUUUGGUUCCACUGAUGUUUGGAUCUCUCACCUCUGAGAGGCUAAAGAACAUGAUAAAUCCUGCCAACAUAACUUUCAAGACUUAUUCAGGCAUGAUGCAUAGCUCAUGUAUUGAGGAAAUGAUGGAUGCAAAGCAGUUUAUUGAUAAGCAUCUACCUCCGGUUGAUUGAAACUUCUUGAGAGGCCUUCUCUUUAAAUGCACCAGCAUCAUCUGUACUAGAUUGUUACUUUUCAUGCAGCCAGUUAUGAAACAUUUCUGUGCCUACAGUGUUAACUCUAUUGUAAAUGUACCAACAGCAGUGACUAGAUAGUAUAACUAUAUGAGGAAUAAUCCUCUUUCCAAACUUCAUUGGGCAUGGUAUAGCUACAAGGCAGGGAAAGUACAUUUUGGAAUAUAAUUAAGCAUAAUUUUCUAUGCUCGAUUGCUCCAAAUUCAAAAUUGUCCAUUGAUGAUGGAAGAUACCUGGUUUUAAUUUAUGGUUUAAAUUAGGACAAUAUAUGUUCAAGACCUAUUUUAUUACUGCUUGUUAAAUUAACAUUCAUAUAUCACACAUACAGUAUGUAAAUCCAAUAAGCAUGCAGUAGUAGAAUAAGUAUUCUUGAUGAGGAUUAACUCAGAGCAAGUUUAAUCAAUAUUAUUGCAUGUGUAACCAAAGACUUCCAGUCUUUACUUAUCCCUUUGCAGCAAUGUACCGUAAUUCAGUGUCAUUUCCUACUGUGUGCUGAGCUACUUAAAAGCAGUAUAUAAUCUUUGGAGAGAAGAAUCCCAUGUAACUACCCUUAAGAUGAGUUACAGUAUCUGUGGAAAAAAAUACAGGGAAAAUUCAGUAUGUCAAAAUCCUCUAUUGUAGGUUGGAUCUCAGAGAAAAAUUUCUCUAAAGGAUGGAUGGGAACAGCUUUCAUUGGUCCUGCCCCCCACCCUCAGACCUCCAUUGCCCUUGCUAUGCUGUUUGCAGGAUCUUUUUGGGUCUCAAGGGAAGGGGGAAUCAAGGAGGUCUUGUCCUGUUGACCAAAUACCUUCCAUUAGUAGAGAUGGAAAGGGUAGAGAUGUACUGAAGUAUUUAAGCCCAUUUGAAUUCUUACUGUGUUGCAGCAUUUAAAUCUCUAAAGGUUUUCUGGUGAAUUUCUUAUUUAAAUUACGAUAAAGUUAGAUAUGUGUUUUUUGAAUUAUCAAUUAACAAGCGAUUUGUCUGAUAUUAUUCUGUAUUCCCCCACUCCAGCCAAAAAAAAAAAAAAAAACUAAUGGCAAAUGUCAGACACAAGUAUUCUGUCUCGUGUAACUUGCCAAAAUGUAUGCCACCUAAUGCAGAUAACUCAGAUUCUUCCUGUUGCUCCUUCCCUUAGUGACUUGGAUAAAGUGGACUUCAAAUUUUUCCUGGUAAUGAUAUCUGAAGCAAUGUUGCAAGUUUGGUAAUAUGGAUUUUGGAUACAUGUAUGGCAAGGGAGGAGGCCAUCCUGCUUUAUAGGCCAGCACCACAGUCACAUUUUUCUGAUCACCUUAGCAUUAUGCUGCUGUUACUUAUCUAAUUACCUUAGUGAUGUUGCAGUUAUUGUUCAUGGAAGUUUAUUUCUUUCUUUACAUAUUUUCUUGAUACAUAUAAUUUUAUUUCCUAUUCUUAAACAUACAAUGAAUCACACUGGGGGCUGUUGCUAAUUUUUAAUUAGUAAGAGUAACAACUGGGACUAAGAUGCUUCCCUUUAUCUUGCUCCCAAAUUGGCAUUUCUAACUACGCUAUGGGUUUUGCCCUGCUCUGUGAAUUACAUUCCUUUAAUUUUGCCUAGGGUCUGUGUAGCCUCCCAAAUUGAGGCCAAUUUGACAUAUUGGUGGAAGCAAUUGACUCCUGUUCUGUACUGCUUCAGAUGUGAGACUCGAAUUUCUGCUCUCCUAUAUGUAAUUUUUUUCAUUGCUGCGCACACGCACACACACACUCAUGCACACACAAUGAGGCUGUCAAUGGUUUGAUCUAGCAAUCUUAGCAUGCUGCCUUCUUAAGUAUGACAUAUGGGGUGAAUGGAGGACAAAUGAAACAUACAACUUCUCUACUUGCAGUGGUACAGUCCAGGAACUGUUUGACUUUAUGAACCUGCUGUGUAUGAAUAAAUGGCUGUUAUUUAGAUGCAGUAAUUUUUUAAAAAAUCAAAGUCUUCUCCAUUCACAAUAUUUGGACAUCUGCAGCAGCUGGCAUACACUUGAACAUGGAACCAGUGUGAUUUUCCUCAGUACUUGUCCUGUUUGCUGAUGAAUGACUUUUUUAUAUAAGUAUUGGUUUCUAAAGGAGCAAGGCAAUCUUAUAUUACAUAUUUAGUCAUCUACUGUUAUGUGGAAAACCUUUCUUGAGCAGUUGACAUACUUAAAAGUAUUUUUGGAAUAUUCAUUUAUCAAUGGUGAUUCUUAAAUUAGUCCUGCAAACAGAUGAUCUGCUUUAUAGAAAUGUAUUGCUUUUACCAACCUAAAGAAUACAAAACUAUGAAACCAAAAUAGUAGUAAUUUACCCCCGCAUGAGAAGAGAUGUAUUCUAUAUUUUGCCUAAAAUUUCAAAUAUGUCUAUCAAAAUAUGAUAGUCAGUAUUAAUGUUCUUUGGGUGAAUAACUGCCAAGCUGAUGAUAGUUUUAUCAUAGCCCAAAUACUAUUGCAGCGUAGGCAAAGCUACUGGCGUCACUGGGAGUUUUAUCCAUGAUAGGAUGUAGCCUUUAGCUUUUCUUUCAAAGUAUUGCAUAAUGUUAAUACAGUGGAUUGUUGAAGGAGUACAGUACUGUAACUUGCAUUUUAGAUCAGUUAAUUAAAUGUUUGCCUUAAUGAAGUGUGCUGUACUUCAUUAAACUACAAAAUGCAUCUUUUUAUAAAUAGGUGCUAUUGAAAAAUAAAAUGAAUAUAGUUUUAAGGAUGUAUUGAAUAGGAUGUGGAUGAAGCCAUAUGUGUAGGCUGGGGUAUUUUAUAAACAUCUUUAAUUUGGCUUUCCUUUAUCCUAAGGUGUAGAAAUACACAGUUAAUAUAAAAAUCAAGAUGUUACCUUAUAGUUUAUGGUAGCACCUGUGUUGUUGCAAUCGCUUUCUUGUGGUUCAGUUGUAAAUCUUUUAUGUUACUGUGAAAUAAAUUCUGAACAAUCAA